AUGCUGUUCGGGGUUGACCCGCAAACUUACCACCUGUGCCGAGACUUCUACAUCGCCAUCGUAGAAGCCCUCGGCAUCCCCCUCAGCAAAAAGGCGGCCGGGAACCAAGGCUCCUGCGACGCGGCCGGACCAUACCGCCGCAACUCCGUCCGUGCCCUCGGCAUCCGCUAUGUGUGGAUACGGGACGAAAAGGGCGACCCCACCGCACUCUACGCGGUGGCACCGGCCGACAAAGUGCAAGUAGCGAAGGAGGACUGUGGCAAGAUCCUCACAGCCCACGACUCCAAGCAGCCCCUCCUCAUCAAGGACAUCCAGAAGCUACUCGGCAUGUCCCAGUACGUAAUCUGCCACGCAAGCAGAUCCGGCGCGGAAUUCGUGCGACACCUCUACCCGUGGGCAGCAGACGAGUACUUCAACACGAACAUCCGCAGCCGCCAAAUGCGGAACGCACUCGCCACCGCAGUGCGCGCGCUCCGUGGUCUUAUCGACCACCUCCCACCACUGGAGCUCGCACACCACGACCACCGGGUCAACUUCCUCUACCUCGACGCUAGCGGCCGGCGCUCACCGGACGCAACAAACGCCGCUGACCGCGGGCCCGCCGCCCCGCCGAGGAUGGGGGGGGUCAUCGUCACGCACACGGGCAAGGUCAAAGCCUUUACCUUCCCGCUACCGGACGCCCACGAGGCGGCCAGCUACGACAUCAUGACUCUGGAGACAGCCACAGUCAGAGUCGCGCAGCGCCUCUACGCAGCCGACCUCGCAAACGCCAUGGCGAUGGUCUCCGUCGACAACACCGUCGAGCUCUUCGCGCUCAUCAAACUGAGCUCCCGCCAAGGACGCGUCUGCAACGCGGCGAACCGGGUAGCCAUAGCCAACAGGCAAAACAACGCCCGCUGCUGGUACCGCUAUACCAACACAGCGCGCAACCCGGCCGACGCCUUCAGCCGCAAGGACCUCCUGCAAGAGGCCCUCAACUUCUGGCGCCCCGACGAGCUCGCCCAAAUUAAGUCUAUGCCGGACGUAGCGGAUUAUGUGGUCGCGGAGUGCAAGCCCCUCCCGCCGGACGACAUCUUCCGCGACACCAGCAAGCUCCCUUUCAAACCCGACAGAGACUCUACGGCCCAGGCCGCGCGACACCGCGCCUGGAAGGAGCGCCACCCUGCUCUCACGGGGACGAUCAUCCUCGCACUCUCUGAUCGGGACCUCUGGCUGCUCACCAUGCAGACCACUGAGGAAGAACACGCCGCCUCCGGCGCUGACAGGGCUAACUCGCGUCCCCCGGACGCCUCGCGCGCAAAACGCCCCCGCGAGCAUGAGGCUGGCUCACAGCCGGCGGGUCGUACCAGAAGGGAAAAGUGAAAACAUGCAAAUGUGAACAAUGUAUGCGCUCGAUGUGCAAACACAGUCCUCACGUACACAAGUCACAAACCCGCUGGGCAAAAACUCCGCGCGCUACGCACCGCUGUGCAAACUAGUGCUCAGAAUCGGAGACCCGCGAGCCCAUGCUCCGCGAUCGGACUUUCCGCCCCCUGAAGAAGGUGGACGCGAGUAGAUCAACAAAACUACACACGCACCAACUUAGAAAAUACAAACGUAGAUCUAGAGCAAAUCAAGAUCACGCCGAACAUGCACAGACCUGGUCAGUGCUCACGAUGAUGGAUAACACAAUCAUCCACAAUCAUAAACACAGGUACGCGCGCAGCAGGAGAGGAAGCAGGAGGUGAGUGAGGAGUCUGUCUUGAUCGACGAAGAGCCCUGCAACUGCCGGUGCAACUGGUGGGACUUUAUGCCCACCUCCGACACGAUCAUGAGCGUCUUCGGCGCCGGCCCCGCGCGAGGUUCGUCCUAGAAAAUAAAGACGCUUCUUUUCCUCGCAGUUGCGGAGUACAACUUGCAGUAAGAUCGCUGACUAAUUUCCAUUGAGUUUGCUUUCCGUGCCCUGACCUGAAACUGAAUGUGAUCUAUUUCCUGGUGCCAAAAA